CCCAUGGCCGCGGCGCGCCCGCCGCACACACCCACCGCCGCCCGCCGGUGAGCGCCGCCGCCGCCCCUUGGGCAGCUCGGCGGGGCCGCUGCCCGCGGCCGGGGCUGAGCGCGGCGGGAGGCGGCCGGGCCGGGCCGGCCGGGCGGAGGCACCAUGCAGGCGCGGCGCUUGGCCAAGCGCUCCAGCAUGGGCAGCCGGCGGCUGAGCGCGGCGGCGCCGCAGGUGGACGCGGUCCGGCCCCCCAAGCCCGAGAGCGCCUGGAGGCCGCCCCGGCGGGAGGGCUCCGCUGCGGCGCUGGAGGAAGAGGACGAAGACGAGGACGUGGUGGUUGAGGUGGAGGAGGAAGAGGAGGAGGAGGAGGGCGGCCUGGGGAGCGCCCCCCCGGCGCUGGCCGGCCACGGCAAGGGCCCCCUCCGGGGGAGCCUUAAGGCAGCCAACAUCAAGCGUGAAAUGACCUUCCAUGCAUUUCAACAGGAGGAUGUAAAAAGUGACAUCAGUCGAAAACUGCCAGAACAACAGUUUCUCCUGUUUACCACAAAGGAGGAAGAUUUAAAAACAGCAGAGACCAAAAAACUUAACAGAGCUCAUGAGUGUGAAAAGGAAAACACACGUUCUGUUUGUCUUCUGGAGCAGAAGCGCAAGGUUGUUUCUUCAAAUAUUGAUGUGCCUCCAGCAAGGAAAUCUUCAGAAGAACUGGACAUGGAUAAAGUAACAGCAGCCAUGGUACUCACCAGUUUAUCCACCAGCCCUUUGGUCCGCAGCCCUCCUGUCCGACCCAACGAAUCCCUGAAUGGAUCUUGGAAAGAAGGAGGAUUUGUGCCUUCUAGUACCAGCAGCAGUGGAUACUGGAGCUGGAACGCUCCCAGUGACCAGUCCAACCCAUCCACCCCAUCUCCACCUCUGUCAGCUGAUAGCUUCAAAGCUUUUCGGACACCUUCCCAGCCAGAUGAUGGUAUUGAUGAAGGUGAAACAAGCAACCUUCUCUUCGAUGAACCCAUUCCUAGGAAGAGAAAGAACUCCAUGAAGGUGAUGUUCAAAUGCCUGUGGAAGAACUGUGGGAAGGUGCUGAGCACAGCUGCAGGGAUUCAGAAACACAUACGGACCAUUCACCUUGGACGUGUAGGAGAGUCUGACUACAGUGAUGGAGAGGAGGAUUUUUACUAUACAGAAAUCAGGCUCAACACGGACUCAGUAGCUGAUGGCUUAAGCAGUCUUUCCCCAGUGUCUCCAUCUUUAGCAUCUCCUCCUUCCUUUCCCACCCAAGACGCAAUCCGUCCUGAAACUUCCUGUGCCAAAACCGAGACUAAAGUGAUGACACCUCUGAGCCGCUCAGCUCCUACCAACCUCUACCUCGUACACACGGACCAUGCUUACCAGGCCACUCCUCCGGUGAACAUUCCAGGGUCAGCAAAGUUCACUCCCAAUGGCAGUAGCUUUAGCAUCUCUUGGCAGUCGCCUCCAGUUACCUUCACCGGCAUUCCAGUCUCACCAACCCAUAAUCGUCCUGCAGGGAGUGGAGAGCAGAAACAGUCCCACACAGUUCUUUCAUCACCGCCUAGAGUAGCAUUUGGCUUGAGGAAGCCUAGAGGGGAGGGGAAAAAGUGUCGGAAGGUCUAUGGGAUGGAGAACAGAGAUAUGUGGUGCACUGCCUGCCGAUGGAAGAAGGCCUGCCAAAGGUUCAUCGACUAAUGAUUGAAAUUAUGCAGAGGAUUUGGGGAGGGGGAGGACAACAGCAGAAGCAGAUUGCUGCAGCUGCACUGAUCACUUCCCAUUUUCCCCUCCAGUGAUGUGGUGUUGGGGGUUUUGGUUUUUUGGGGUGGGUUUUUUUUUCUUUGGUUUUUUUUGUUUGUUGGUGUUUUUUUUUAAAGAGCUUUGUAUUUCUAAAUGAAGCACUUGUAGCCAAGGAGAAGCACUAAUUAAAACCUGUGUGGAGCAAUAGAGCGGAAAAAAAAGAAAAGCAAAACCAAGACCACACAACAAAAUCUGUCUCAGUAAGUGUGGAAACCAGAGCAGCUAUUAGUGUUCUUCUGUAAAAGAAAGGAAAAUGUUAAUUAUUUUGCUAACUCUGUGAGCUGCUUGCUCCCUAGGAUCAUUUUUAACCAUUUCAGUCUUUCUGCUGUGAACAUCUGUAUUUGCUAAACUGAACAAUUUUUCUUUUCCUGAAAUGAAGAUCUCUUUUUGAAAGCUUUCUAAUAAACACUUCAGAGUCAUAUAAGCUACAGUUUUCUCAACAAAAGCUGUACUAAGACUGGAGACUGCUAAAUAAUUCUCCUGAUACAAAUGAUCAUGAUUAUAUUUUUGAAAAGGGCAUGUGGGGAAGAGUUGGGAUUUUCAUUUGAUUGUUUAUAGGAGAAAAGUAAAGCUGAUUUUGCAAGAAGGACAAGCAGCACUCCUGGAACUUUUUUAAAAGAGGCACAGACCAGUGGAGUGGAACAAAGUAAUUUAAGUACCAAAUUGGAUUUUGAUCCUCUAGAGGAAGAAAAGCAGCAAUGGCAAGUCACCAGCAGAUACUGUCACGAGAAGUCUGAGGGAAGAAAUACAGUGAUGCUUGAUUGAAACCCACAAGGAUAUAAGGGGGCUCCAGUAGCUUUUCUUAUUACUCUCCCCUUUCUGAGGGGGGAGGAACAGUUGGACCAGCACAGCUGUUGCUGCAGGAGGCCUGUGAAGGACUGGUAAAUGCAGCCAUGAGGAUUAUAUGUAAUAACUAAUUCAGGGAAAUGAUCCAGCCCAGCAGUUCUGCUUUUGCUUCCUUUUCUCUUAUUUCAGAGAUUGUUGUUAAGAUAAUGGUUUGUUCAGCUUUUUCUUUUAAAGUUUUACUUUAUACUAAGAUUUAUUUGAUGCAAAAAAUUGGUAGAGAAAAGAAAAUACCCUCUUUCCACAACAUCAUCUCAGAAAAAGAAGUACAACAGCAAAGGAGCAACAUAUUUGUGGUAAAAGAGCAUUUCUUAACUCAUUUUGAUAGAUGAAUUUCUCUAUUUGCAGUGCUUGGAUUGCUUUGGGUAUUUCAGUUUCUCUGUCCAUUAGGAAGUAUACACUGGAAUGAGGCAACCUGGUGUUCUGUGUCCACUUGUAUCAAAUUACUGUUAAUUAAUGAUUAUUUCAGUGCAAAAAAUAAAGGAAGGAUUUACUAGGAAGUGAAUGUACAUGGUGAAAUAAUACUUGUCUGUUAAAGAAAACCAGACAUCUUAAAAAAAAUCAAAGACACAGAAGCAAAACUUUGCCUAUUAAUAGAGACUGAAGGGCCACAAAUGCCUGGGUUAUUUUUUUUUCGUAACGUUUGAACCAAUUGAAAUUAGACCAAAUAUUUUUCUAUUUUUUUUAAAUUGUCUAAGCUGGCUUAUUCUCAUAAGAGGACUUCUAAGUAUCUAAACAACUUUCUAAAAUCUGGUCCAAAGUUCACUUGAUAGCUUUAUUAAGUGUGCAGCGCUGCUUGUGUCUGUGUAAAAGCACAAAAUAACAAUGCAGUUGUUUGGAAUAUACACUGUGGAUUCCACAGGGUAGCAGUGAAAAGAAGAAUCUAUAAUAGGAGCUACUGAAGGUUAUCAUCUGAUUUUCUGUGAACAAGUUAAUUGGGCAAUCAGGCACCUAAUUUGAGCAUGCUAUUUCUGCAGUUAUUUACAAAUUGUGUAAUUUACAUGCACAAGUGGCAAGAUACGCUUGCAUGCAUGCAAUUACUUGAUUUUUUGCCCAAUUGUGUUCUCUAAGUCACAAAAAAAAAAGAAAAACAGUCUCUGAAAUCCAGUAAGACCCUGAGAUAUAUGCACAUAUGAGUGUAUAUGAGUAUUUUUGCAUGUGUGUGUGUAUAUACAUGUAAAACUAUAUAUAUUAUAUAGUUUUAUAUGUGUAUAUAAAAUCUGAAAUUAACAGGGAAGAGAAAGAUUGUUUUCUUUACAAAUAGCAACAAAAAAAAGACACUAAAGGUCAGCAGAUAUACAUAGACACUGUAUUAUCUUCUUUCCUCUUAGUAUACAUGGAUUUUCCUUACAUGUUGUAUUUUUUCAAUUUCCAUGGUUAAAUACCUCAUAGUAAUUCAUAGACAUUUCAUCUUCAAACACUGGGCUUGCUGAUGGUGUACUUGCUUUGAUAAAACUCAAAAAAAUUGUGACUUUCCUAAGAUAUUCCUGCCAAUUUGUUCCCUGCCUCCCAUUUUAAAGGCACUUCAAAAGUAUAAAGUGUUCCAUAAUUCGACUGUUAUUGGACUAACAGUAUUUGCCAAUAUAUUUGUUGUUCACCUCCUUUUUGCUUUGGAGGAUUCUUGAAAAUAAUGUAUCAGAUUGUAUAUUGUUUCUAUAAUGUCAUGGCAUUGUGAGCAACUUUCCCGAGGGCACUUUAGGAAUUAUUGUAAUAAGAUUAUUCUUUAUAAAUUUCUGCACAGAAGAAUGGUUUUGUUGCCAGACCACAUUGCCCUCUGGUACAAAUUGAAUAUGGAUUACAUAAAGGACUAAAGCCACAAACCAUCAAAACUGGAGAGAAAGUUGGUGUUGAUGAGUCAGAAGGUAUUGAUAAAUCCUGCAGGACAAAGCUAAAUUACCAGUAUUUUUACUCAACCUUUAAUCAGUGGUUUAUAUUAAAUCAGUUUUGGAUCCUGUGGCUGUGGCAUUUUGAUUCACAAGUAGGCACCUGUUGAGGUACCGUGUCUGAGGCAAGGCCGUGCAGAGCUUCUGCAGUCACUUUGUGCUUUGAGCUCAGUUAACUCAUGUUGCACGAGCAGUUCAGCGCCUGCCGAGAUCCCCUGUGUGAUCCUCAUGCAGCCAGCAAGGACAGAAGUGUCAGCUGAGCCUUCCUUCUGCUGGCAGUACUGAUCAUAAUCUGGAGUAAUCGUGUCCAUUUUUCAGUCUCUUGUUUCUGUGUUGCUUUGGGCUGUGUCGCUGUCCUCCUAACACCUAAUUUAUCUCACACUUUGUACUGACCAAAAUAAGCAGAUUUCUUUGUUCUCCUGAGGAGGAGCUAGCCUGAGUGCUGAGGUCAUUUAUUGUCAUCACUACAUGUGAUGACAGUUCCAGUUUUUGGUUUCUCUGUGGGAGGUAGGUCAUUGUCUCUGACCCCCAAGAGAAGUCAGAGGGAAUGUCUUAAACACAUCAUGCAAUGUCUAUGUGCUACAGGGAACUGGAUGGUGGUUUAUCUAUGUCAAGAACCAGAACCUGAUAUAAAAAUUUAAGGAUCUGUUUUAUUGACAUUGGUAACAGAAAUUGCCAGCAUCAGUAUCAGAGUGGAGAUCAACCAUACUCAUCCCAAAUAUUUUUCUUUAGGGGUUUCAUUGUUAAAACAAAGCUAUUUCCCAAUUCCCCAUUCACCCCAUUUCCCAAAAGAUUUGGAAAACGAGAUAAUUUUAGAAGUGGGAAAUUUUAAUGGCAAUUUUUAAUACUGACUGUGCUCCAGCUGCUCCUCUGUGAAGUUAUUGAACAUUAAAACUCAGAUCAUCUUAGUCAUAAAAGGGUUUCCACACAAAACAAUGUGCCUGAUUCUCUAGUGCCUUGCACAAACGCUACAGGAUAUACAAGAUGCAAAGUGAGUAAAAUUUCUUCUGUUCCAAUUUGCAGGUUUACACUUUUAACCAAUACCAGUCAUCACCUAGCAUGUACCUGUUUGCAGGUCAGCCCUGCUUGUGUGAGUAAGCUGAGCAGAAUGCCUGUCUGUCAGAUUACUUUUUCCAAAUCCUUAGCCUGGUAUGAAUGUUAGCUGUCUAAUUAUCUACAGGUUCCUUGCAGUCAUUGGCUAUCUUUAUUCCUUGUCCCUUUUGUUUUUCACAAUAAUGGCUAGAUAGGCACCACAACAGGAGGUAAAGCUUUAGCCAAAAGCUCUUGUAGAACCUGCACCAUAGAUCCAGCACCAUGCAAUGUCCCAGGUGUUUUGGCACUAAUUUCAUUUUGUCAUUCAUUCUGAUCCAGUACAUUGGUGUGGUUCUCUAUUGCCUGCUGUGGCCUGGGACCAGCUAAAAUGGCCUUGUUGAGAAUCCAGGACAAUCGCUGUGCGUGUCACACUGCAAAGUGAUUUCUUUCUUCUGCUGCCUGUAAAUGUGUUGGAACGUGAUCUUGGAAGCAGGACAUGGAAUUAGAGGCUUGCUAGCCUCUUGCAGAGAUGUUGGAGAUUGCCAGUGAGGCUUCCUUCUAUUGGUUCAAAUUUAGAGUCAUCUGCUGGAGAAAGUUGUGCUGCUCCUUUUCUUACAAAUAUUUUGAUAUGGAAACAUUUGUAAAGCCUCAUCUUGAUCUUAUAUUUUAUUCAAUCUUCCUGUGAGUGGUAGCACUGGAACUGAGAGCAUGGAGUUUGGGCUUUAAUCUGCAUUUGUCAGGUUUUUCUAGUACAUAACCAGGCAGGUAUGAGGUAUCAUAGUGUAGAUUUUAUUCUAAUACAAGUUCAGCAGAGUUUUAUGGCACUUUUGGAAAAUACCUAGAAGGAAGUCAUGGACAGAAAUCAGGCUGAACAUUUAAAAACACUCUCUGUCUCCUAGAUGGGAGCAGCCUUUCUUUGCAUCCAUAUGGAGCUGGAAAAUCUUGGAAAACAGCCAAUGUACACCUACACUUGAGAGUGCCCACUUGAACUGCUCUUUCUGUCUUGGACCACAGUGCUUUUACUCCGACCAUGCUCUCAGUUCUGUCCAAAUGUGGGAUUUAAGGAUGUGUGUGUCUCCACUUGAAACUUUUUGAGCUUGUUCCUCAAUACAGAAAGCACUCAUCACAUUCUUUGUGCUUCACGCAGACCAUUUGUAACAGCAAUGCAGAAAGACUCUGGGAACAGGGAAAUCAGCCUGUUUCUGAUGGCACCAGCCAGAAGAAAGUACAAGUUGCUCUGGUGUGUUUCCUCACAUUCACAGCAAGAAUUUUUUCAGCUGAUGAAAUAGAAGAGAAUAGAUAAAUUUAGUAACAAGCUGGUGUUCUGCUGUUUUUUGACACAUCUUAACACCUAGCAUUUUCUCCUUCUGUAUUUGAAUCUGAAAGUGAGAUCUCUCAUAUACCCUUGAGGGAAAUAAACUUAGCAAUAUAAAUGCUCUUUCAGCAUUAAAUCUGAAUUCUUUAAUUAAUUUAAUUAAUUUAAUUAAUUCAGAAUUAAUUUUAAUUCUGUAAUUAACAUCUAAACAUGGGCUUGAACAUUCUAAAGAGUUAGAGUGAUGGUAUUUGCUGCUUGCCAAUCCUCUUAAAGAUUCAGGAUUGAUUCUGGAGUCCUUAACAUAGUAUGUGAUACCCAGCAUCAAUGAAUAUAGGAUGUUUAAUGGCAAUAGCCAGAUAAACAAAAGUUACUAAAGUGUUUGUAAAAAGCUGUCUCUGGAAGACAGGAAAAAAAAAAAACAGUUGAAACAGAUUUCCUCAGGGAACGUGAGAGGGCUGUAAAGGCAGAGGAUGCGAGUUUGUUUGAAUGGAAGAUGUCUAAGAGAAUGAUUUUUUUUUCUAUUUUAGGCAAAAUGAAAAAAGCAAUAUGUCACUACUUGAAUUAUUAACAUUAGAAUGAAGCACUAGUUGAUGAACAUGAUCUUACUUAGUGCUGUAGCUUAGGAAGUUCCAAAUAAAAUAAAAAAAUACAUAAAAAUACAAAAAUUAGCUUAAACCAUAAUUUUAAUGUAAAUCUAUACAUUUAUGUAAAUCUUUCCAGGGUCUAGUGUAAAUAUAAGGGCUUCUUGUCUACAAAGUUGCUUGGUCAAAACAUGCUUUUUCUGUAAUUGAAUUACUUCUUACCAAAUGACUUCAGCAAGCAAAUGCAAAAAAGCAGUAUGUCAGCAUGGUAUCCUGGAGAGUUGUGUACUGCACUUUGCAAAGGGCUACUUCUACAUGAAAUUAAAAGAAAAUAUGUCAUCACAUAUUUUUUUGUCAUAUCUGCAAAGGUAUCAGCUUCAGUAAACCCAAGGUUUUGAAUUGGGCUGUCUAGGAUUUUGAAAUUCCACAAGUUUUGCAAAUUCUCAAUUUUGCUUUAUUUUUACACAGAAGAAUCCUAUUUGAUCCAUAAUCUUUUCCUAUCUAUUCUUUUUCUUGUGUCCAGGCACUCUGUUUUGCAACUUCCCAAAUGUGUAUAAUGAAGUGAAUAAAAAUCAGCAUUCUCAGUAUUAAGAGCUACAAAUGUAAAUAGCAUUUACAUGGUAUCAGAAUUUUUAGUAUCAGUUUUUAACUGUAGUAAUUAAUUCUUCAAUUGAUGCCAACAAAUCUUUCAGGGAAGGGCAGCACAUAGUCUGUAAAUUACAAAGUACAGCUGCACAGACAUAGAACUGCUGGUGUUACAAGAAUAAAACAUAGGCUUAGGUCCAUCAGAGCACUGGAGUACGUGUUUACCUCCACUUGUGGAGUUUGUUGAUGAGGCUCCUCGUGCUCCUGAAGUUUGGCACUGAUUUUUGAGCUCUUCUGAAAUCAGGUCUUGGCAAGAGCAGAUAUUCCUAUAGCUUUGUCUGAAAUAUGCACUUUGUGGGACAAUCUACCUUUUCCUGGAUUUAUGCAAUUUAUCUUUUAGAAGAACAGACAAAUUUAUAGAAUUUUUUAUUAUGCUUUUUUGCAUUGCAGAAGGGAAGGUGAGAAAGAGACAAGUUCAGCUGUACAUUUCACCAUGUGAAAGCAUUGGUUAAGUUUGUAAAAGGUGUGUAUUUGACAUCAAGCUCAAAGAAACCUACUUGAGCUCCCUGAAAAAAAAUACAUGAUAAGCAAGUCACAUUAAAUAAAUUUCUCUUGUUCCAUCUGUAUACCCUGUACACUCAACACUCCUCCAGGCAACUGGAGGCAUAGGAGCUCUGAGUAUGCAAGGAAAUAAAUUAGUUUACCUAAAAACUUUAGGAAUACUGUGUUUUUAAGCCACAAAUGAUGUUGCCUAUGUGUAAAUUUUAGAAGAAAAUAGACAGUAGCCUUAUUAACCAGGUGCAAUACUUACAAAGGGCUAAAUUAGGGAAACAAGUGAUGUGUGUUUGUACAUCACUGCAAGCAUGCACUCUCUGAAAAUGAACUUUUCUAGCACUGGGAUCUUAAUACCUCUCUGAAAUUAUAAUGUUGGUAUAAUUUUGUAACUGCGUAUUAUACAUUAUGAAACAGGAUUUGGGAAUUUCGAAGAACAAAAGGAAGAGGGAGAAAUUGUAAAUCACAUAGACUAGUGGUAUGUUAUUUUCCAUGAUAAAAGUAAACUAAAACACCUUUACAAAGCCAAACAAAUUUGGGAUUAUUGAAAGAAAAAAUCUACUUCCCUUGGUUACAGAGACAGUUUAGUUGAAAUUUCCCUUGAUUGGUCGCUUGCAUUUUCUCAAAGUUUUGGGAUUUUUGUGUGUUCUGAUGGUGAAAACAUUCCUAAAUUACCAGUGUUUGGCUUGAAUGGUAUCAUUUUGAAAAAAACUUCUAAAAUUGAGUUCUUCAUGAUACUGUAUAGUCUGAAUGAGAUCAUGCAACAUGAUCUGCUCCAGCUUAAGCAGAGAGUUCAUACAAGCAGAAGAUUACAGGAAAAGAUUGCACUGAGCAUUCAUUGUUCAGUCAUGAGAAAGAUCUGAACAAUCAAACUAAAGCUCCACUCACAUAUUUCUUCUCUCCAUCUGCACUGCAGGGUUGAUGGAAUACAGGCUGCCAUGUACAGUGCAUUUGGCUAUCUCACCCCUGUUCGGGGAUUUUUUUGCUGAUAAAUAAUGAAAUAGAAAUCAUCUUCCUAUCUCUCUUACUGUUUUUGUCUUGUGCUCCGAGUCCAGAAUUCACUGAAAGACAGAAAUAAUCAGGUCUGUUGCACAGAGACUGGUUCUUUCCCUGUUUGACAGACUUGUAACAAAGGGCCAAAGUACCAAUGCAGAGACAUUAGUCAAAAAGGGCUUGAGUCAGUCAGACUUAAGCUGAAAAAAAUUGCUCAGAAUUAGAUCCCAGUAGGAGGAAACUAGUCUUAAGCAGUCAAUUACAGAAGUUCUGGGGUUGAUUUUUGGUGUUUUGGGGGUUUUUUUUUUCGUAAAUUACAAGUCUGAUUAAAAGUCUUAUUACACAAUUAAGAGCAGAAUGCAGCUCACAUUGUAACAAGCUGAGCCCUCACAGCAGUGCAGGUUUUCUCAGGAGAGUUCAGUUAUUCCCAUGAAUAACUUCAUUGACCAGGGCUGUUCACACAGGUAAUGGUUGUAGAACAAAGGCACGUGGGUUUUCCUCUGUGUGCUUUCCACUGGGAUUGGGAUUGUGAAACUGUGAAUCUCCCUUUCUGAGGGCUUGAUUGUGCAUUCAGCUUUGUGAGAGGGAUGGAUACAGUGGAUACCUCUGCUCAUGUGCCGGGCUCUUGGAAGGGUUUCUAGCAAUACCAAAGUGGCAGUACUCUGGAUGUGUUACCUAGUGACAGAUUUAAGAGCUGUUAGGCUGGUGGGAUUCAGCCUGUAAUCUACCCUACUGAUACCAGCCCCAGGGAAAAGGGGGUUUCUCAGUAUGGGAUCCAGGAGAGCCAGCCCAGUUUGAAAGGAGUCCACACCACCACAGUCCCUGUGCCCUUGGCUCAAGUGGGGCCUUUGCUGUGUCGAGCUUGAGGGAGGUUGGUUAUCCAUGUGCAUUCAUGACAUGUUCAUAGUACAGAACACUCUUUUGGAGAGAAAGAACCUCUUUUUUAGCUAUUAAAAUAAAACUGUGGGAUAGCUUUUAAGUUACAGAAAGUCACUGAAUGAGUCUCAGCAUUGUCAGACUUGGAAUCAGACAUGGUUGUGUCCCUCCUUCCAGAGCCGUGCUGCAGCUCCCCUGGGGCCCUCACAGAGCCCUGGAACCUUAACCAAGUUUUCCCCAAACAUUUGCUGGAACCCAGCACUGAGCCCUAAACCAAGUUGGACCCCCAGGAAAAGGAGGCUCUUUCCAGCUCUUUCCCAACUCUUAGACUACCUAAGUCAGUGUUUCAUUAGUAGAUCUUUCUAAAGGGGACAUUGUCCCACCGCUUGCCUCCGGCAUUUCUAACACAGCACCAUCCACUGCUGCAUUUGCAAGGAGCCAGACAUCAUCUUGGUCAGUCAUGGAGUUUGGGGAUAUUAUUUUAGAUUUAGACCUCUGCAUCCUGUGUCAGGCUGCAGUUCCACAGCCAGUUAAGGUGACAUAAGCUUGUGCUGCUGUUGAAAAAGCUCUUACCCUCAGCAGAGGCAUUUCUAGAGAGAAGUUUCCUGAGUUAUGCUGGCUUGAUCCAGUCCUGUAAGUGUAGGUCUGUAUAAAAUGGUGUGGCCUGCUGGGUCUGUGCCCCUGCUCUUUCAUGGGACAGGCAUGGUAAUACUGCCUUUAUCCCACUCUGUCUUGUCUGGAGUCUCAUUGAGGACCUGAACUCGGACAUACAGCAUUAAACUCAGGAGUUCCACCUAUGGCUGGUGGCAUUGAUUUUGGUAUGAAACUAAAUAUAUGGGGGAAAAGAGAGGAAUUAGAUCAAUAAUUGUACAUCCAAUGUGUCUUAAGACUGCAUCUUAGCGGUGCCGUGAUUUUGCUAAGCAGAUGUUGGAGGAGUUAAGGGAUGUGACAAACAUUACUGGAUCCGUGACCUCUGUAAAUCUCUACAGAGGGCUGUAUUCUUACCAGGGUAUACUUCUUACCCAGACGUGGUAACAACUAGGAAUGAUCCUCAGCUGCUUUGCUAGUGCAGAGUUUUAGCAUCUUUUUAUUACAGCUUCAGUUCAAUAGUUAUAGGAAUGCUGGGCAAGAGGGAAAGGAUCAUCAGGUAACUGAAGAAAGAGGACCAUCAGCAUCAAUUGCACUGUGGGUUUCUUUAACUCUCUGAAACAGCAAGCAUGUUCUCUUAUCACUUGCUAGUCAUGUUGUCUCAUGUAAGAAAAGUAUUUCCAUCCUAGAAGGGGGUGAAUUUAGCAGAGGGUAAGCAGCUGUAGGAAACCAAAACCCCAAUUUCCCAGAUUUUAUGAGUAAGGGAUUUCUAAAACAUUCAGCUUGCAGAAGACUGCAGUAUUUAUAUCCACACAUCCUUUUUUGUUGCUUCAGUCACAAAAGGGAAAUACUUGCCUGCAUACAUUGUUCUUCCUUUGUUUCCUAUCAAAUCUUGUUUCAGAGAGUAUAAAUUAAGUUCAAGUUCUUUUUUAAAAAACAUUUUUUCUGAAUUAUUAUUUUUAGAACCCUCUUUCACUUCAGUGUAAAAUUACAGAGCUUUAAUUUGCUCUGUAUUGCACUUUAUAUAUAUUUUUCACUUUUUGGGCCAUGUAUUUUUAUACACAGAACAAUAAAGGUUUUAUUAAUCUAGUUUUAACUUGAAAUUAACCAUGAAACUAAGAUGUUUUUAUAAAAAUGCAAGUUCCCUAAAAUACAGUAAAUAAAUCUGUUUGGGUCAGUGACAUUUUUAAUGAUACAUUGAGAAAUAUUAUAGCUUCUGAAAUUAUUUUCCAUUUGAUAAAUUCAAUACAUUAAUGGAUGUCAUGGUUUAAAGUGGAAUGUGAAUGAGAAGUUCACAAAGUUCUAGACGGUAGAUUUCCUUAUAUGCAAAACCUGCUUAGUUUAAUUGAUAAGGGUUUAAAAAAUAGCCUAAUCUAGUUCAAAGAAGAGUGAAACCGUUUAAUAGGCAAGUUUAAAAUGCCAGGAGCUCACAGAAAUUUGGAAAUGAGAUUAAGUUAAGCACCCAGGAGCUGUUUCUCCCCCUGCUGUGCCGUGGGCAGCCUGUGGAGCCCCUGGGCUCUGCAGGCAGUGAGCUCAUGAUGGUACAAGGCAGCAGCAGAAGCCACAGGAGAGUUCAGAUUCUCCUCUUUAAACAGCUGCUCUCCCAACUUGCAGGGCCACUGCCAGGCUGGCAGUAGUAUUUCCAUUUGGUUUUUCCCGGCUUCAUCCCCACUGAUUUUGGGAACUAGUGUCCUAAAGACAAUCCUUUUAUUCCUAAGUGAAUUAAUGAACUCAUCUUCCCUCUGGUUCUGGUGUUAAGCUUACAGCAGUCACACUAUUGUACAUAGUUUGUCUUAAUUUGUAGAUGCCAGUUUCAGCAUUUUAAACAAAGAAAAGCUACUCUGCCCCAGCACAGAAUCCUUUUAAAUCUUAUGGAGCAUGCUGAAAAAUAAAGACCUUUUUGACUUUUACUUUGUCCAAAUUCUUUAUUCCAAAUCACACAAAGAAAAGUGGGGAAAACAAGGCACAUGAAGAGGGGAGAGACAGCGAUGCUCAUUUCCUCUCCAGGGUGAAUCAUUCCUGGGCUCCCCUCUCCCAGGCUGAGUGUGUGUGUGCGCAGACCAUGCACAGCUUGGGAGUCAUGUAAAAUCCAUCCUUGCAAAAGCUCUUAGCUGGCCACCUCCCAGAUACCCCAGCUCCUUUUCAGAGGCUUCCAAACAUUCUGCUCAUUUCUGCAUCCAUAGGUAAAAGUAAAAGCUACCCGCUGCUCCAAUAGCCUCAGUAUAGUUUCCCCUUGGACUGCAAAUGUAUCAUUUUGCCAUUUUUAAUCAAGCUGCAGUUCUCCCUGCAAAAGAUGGGCCUGAUCCAGCUGUUGAGUCCUUCCAGGGACCGCUGGGAGUCCCUGGAGCGAGGCAAGCACCCUGCCAGUGGUGUGCAAGCCUUGUGCUUAUCAGUGGAACCUGUGCUGAUGUGGGCUGAUGUCACCUGUCCAGGCUGCACAGCAUGGCUCAGCUCUUGCAGUUAUGGGGCAAAUUAAGCUUAAAACCUUUACAGUGAGCAUAGGGUGUCUGGAAACUCAGCCUGCGCUCGGCUGAGGAGCAAGAGCAGUGACAGGCCCGUCCAAGGUCGUGCUCUGUCAGGCAGCACAAAUAACAGCUCUGUGGCCCAGUUGGUUGCUGUAUUUCCAUGUGUGUUUGAAAGAAGCCUUAGAAAAGAAGAUUUGCAGAUGCUAUUCCUUCACAAUUUGCUUUGAUUCUGUGCUCUGGGGCAGCCUAUGGGCUGGCACAGCACAUUUAGAUAAGGGGCUUCCACUAACAGUGACUUAGACAUAGCAGAAAACUUUCUUGUAAGAAGCAGGUGCUUCUCUCAUUCUUACAACAUUAAAAACACACAACAAAAUGCCACUAUACAGACCUUUGUCAAAUUCUCACAGUCCCCUGUAGCACCAGCAGCUGGGAGAAGUCAAGAAUUCAGAGGACCUUGGCCAUAACUCACCAAAAAGCCUCUGCAGUCUGUUGCCACUGAAAAUGAUUUAGUGCUGGAUCAAAGCCACCCAGAAUUGGGCCCUGAAAAAUUCCUCUGAGAAUUUUGCUGUUAUUUCAUAUGAAAAAAAGUGUUAAAAUCUUUGUGUCAGCAUAUGAGUCUAUUCUGCCUGCUGAACCAAGAGCACUUCCAAUGGAUUACAGAUAUCUUGGGAAUCAUUCUCAGUACAAGUCAGGACACCCCAAACAUUACAGUUGUUUUUCUUAAAUUAGAAACAUUUACAAAAUUAGCAAUAUGCAUAUUAAUGCCUAAAAGUUGAUAAAAAAUAAUUAAGGUACUGAGAAGUAUUUGCUUGCACCUGAAACUUUAAAAGAAUGACUACUGAAUUUGUGAUGUGCUAAGCACGCGCUCUUGAGUUUCAUCAACGCAGUAAACCAGCUUUGUACAGAGUAAUUUUAUAAAAAUUGAGAAGGUUUGUUUUUUUCUCAAGUUACUCAAGUAGUUCAGGUAAUGAAUAAUUUGUUUCUGAUCAAUGCAUUUUAGAAUGAGCAAAUCUUAUCCUCUUGCACUUCUAGUAUUCAUUGUUUGUAUGGAAAAAAAAAAUCUACUUUUCCAUUUCCCAGUGAAUGACCAGUUCACUACGCAACAGGCAAUGUUUCUUGACUUUAGAUUGCAAAAUAUGCUUAGAUGAUUUUACUCUCCUCCAUGUGAAUGGUUAUAUGAGAUUCUUACCUUUUUCUAGCUUCAAAAAUGCUUUUUGCAUUUCCAUAGAUACGGUUGAAUAAAAAUUGCAAGGAAGAAUCUAAGCCAAAUGCUAAGAAAAAUCAAGUACAUGAAACAAACAUGAAGAUAAAGUCUCAUGAGAAAAGUCAAUCCAUUGCUGAAUUAAAUAUUUAUAGAACACAUUGAUUAGCAGAGAGCACUGAUCUUUGUUAAAAUUACAUUUAGAGGCAGACCACUGUAUUUUAGUGUCACAAGUGACAAAGGAAUUUUUCUUCAGAAAAAGUCAAAACAUUAAAAUAGAUCCUUUGGACCAAGAUUUUCUCAAUUUAAGCCCAUCCUGCCUGUUACAUUACUGUUGUAUGUUCAGGAAUGCUCAGGACAACAGACAUUCCUCACAGGAAGCAGCUAAGUUCCAAAGUGUCAACUAAAUAAAAAGAAAGUGAGCAAACUCAUAGAAUUUUCUUACUACUAGCUCAGCUAUUGCAAAAAAAGGACCAAAACCAAAACAGCAAAAAAGCACUACUUACUACUGAACUAGAAUUUCAGCAGUUUAAAAGGACCAUGUUUUGAUCUAGUUCACACACCAUAGCUAAACCCAGGUUCUGUUGGUUUGCUUGUUUGUCUUUUGGGAUUUUUACUUCUUAACAGCCUUCAAAGCAGGGUCUGUCAUUGCUGAGAUGACCACAGCUGAAUAGGAAUCUCUUGAAAUCCUAAAACACAUGAUUAGAGAAACAACAGACUUCAAAUGAAAAACUACUUAAAAAUUAUCUCAAAAAAUCAAAAAGAAAAGUUAGUUCUCUAUUUGGGAAAUGCCAUUCAGCUACCAUUAACUCCCAGGUUGUGUGUUUAACUGACAUCCUGUAGCUUUGUCAGCUCACAUUUUUGUUAAAAGCAGAUGGUGAUUAAUCUACAUAGCAAAGGACCUUCCUUUGGUCUUUGUAAAUGAAUGUAUACAUACAAACUAUGCAUUUUCACACAGCUGCAUACCGUAUCUUGAAUCACUUCAACCUUUCCCCUAGCUUAGAAACCCCUGAACUUCAGGAGCAGAAGGGAUUCCCACCUCCUUUGGCAGAUAUUUGUCUCCUGACUUGUUUCUGCUCUCCAAACCCCUUAGAUGCAGACAGAGCAAUACUGAGCUGCACAGCACAAGGAGCAGAGGGGCUGGGGGCCUGGGGCCAAGUCGAGGACCUGGCAUGGCCAGAGGGGUGGUGUCUGUGCUCCCUCUGCCAGUGCUCUCCUGCCCAGCACCUCUUGCACUCUGCUCAGCCCCCUGGGCGCUGGGGUGGCUGAGAGGGGCCAGCAGCUGCUCUCACCCGGGCUCAGGAGGAGUUUAAAGCCACACUGGGCCCAGCUGUGCCAAGGAGAGGGAGGCCACUGCCCCAGGGCUUGCAGAUGCCAUCCUCCUCCUUGGGACAGCCUUUCCAGCCAUCCCAGCAGCCCGGGUUCCUUCUGAGCAUCCCUUCCCCAGGGCCCUGCAGCACGUGGGAGGCAGGGAUGGCUCCUCAGGGGUUUGGUCUCACUGCUGAGACCUGCCCCAGGUGGUGCAGAGCCCAAAGAGCUCAGCCCUUCAUCCUAAUCACUGGGGGAAUUCAGGGCUGGGGUGUGCAAGGGACAAAGGAUCAGAGCCUGGCUUUAGUGCACCUUCUGUUGGAAGGGAGCAGGAAAGACGGAAAAUGGAUGUCAUGUUCUUGUAGCUGGUGUAAUUAAAUAUGAGAAAAAGAUACUGCAUGCAACAUUUCUUACUUAAAUGUUGGGUUGUCUCUGUAAUAUACAUCAGCCCAGUCUGCUCAAUGAAGUGUGUUUCUUAUGCUUUAUCCUACAGGAAGAAAGACCAAAAAAGUAGAAGUAAUAAUAUCCUUGCUUUAGACUAAAGCAAGCAUGGACUCAACAACAAAGAAAGAUUUUGUUUAUAUGCAAACUGUUUAAAUAUUUGAUACCAGUAUGAAGGCAGUCAUAUUCUUAUGUAUCCAGAGAUUUGCACUCAUCUAGGUUAUGUUAAUUAAAAAUAUUUUUGCGGUCUGUAUUUGUAUUUGAGGGGCCAAGUCUUUAAUUUUAUAUUCUUUACAAGAGUUAGUGUGGCAAUUACAUUUUUCCAUUUAUUGAGCUACCUGCCCACCCAUGCUAGUUGCUCAUUUGCAUAAAGAAUAUUUCCAUUACUUCAAAGGUUUUUGGGUGGAUGUUUUCGAAGGGAACCUGCCCCAGAGAGUUCCACAGGAUUGUCCAGCACGAAUGGGAGGCUCUCUGGAGCAGCAGGUCACCCUUGCCAGGACGUGGCCUGUCACUGCAACAGACACACGUGGAUCCAUUUCCCUGCAAUCUGCAACUGCAUGUGGGCCUGGGGUAGCUCCAGCUGCAGUCCCUCAAAUCAAAGCUCUGACUGACCCUGUCAGUCCUUUGCUGUCACUUACUAUCACAAAGUUAACUUUUUACAACGAGGAAGAGCUUCCAACUCUGGCACUGAUGGAAAUACUGAAUACUUUUAAUAUAUAUAUAUAUAUAUUUGGAAAGUAUUUGAACAGUGUUUUGUCUUUUUUUAUACAACUUUUAGCCAAAUAGAAAAAUUCCGAUUAUUACUUCUGUGGAUACCUGUCCACCUGUAAAUAGACUCAUAUAUUCAGGUACAUGAACCUGAAGAAAAAAAUAAUAAAGACUGUUCAGGGGCUAUGCGCUUUGCUAGCUCCUGCUUCCUUUGUACAUAAGAGGUAACUGUUUAAAUGUUGGGUGGGGUUUUUUUAAUUUACCUGUUGUUCCUCUAAAAAAGAAGAAGAAAAAAAAACUUUUGACUUUGUUUUCUCUUUUCUGAGUUAAUACAAAGAUUUUCUAACUUUUUACUGCAGAAAUGGAUAAAUACCUGGUGCUAAGUGAAUGUGAGUCAAACUGGCCAUAGCAGAUACACCAGUUAGAAUGCACUUUUCCUGAGGCACACAAUGUAUUUUCUCAGAAGGGACCUUCAAAGGACUGUCAGAUGUUUACAUUUCUUCUUGUUGCCCCAAAUAGUUUUGAAUAUUCAAAUAACUUCCAAAAAUAAAGUCAUGGUCCAUUACUGAUGUGACAAAUCCUUACAUUUAAGUAUCUACAACAGCUUUGUACAAAUACCAUUUUAGAGAUAGUUGAAAUAUUGGGCUUUCAUACUUUGUAAUGCUUUGAUGUGACAAUAAAUAUGCUGUUGCUAUCUAGUCUAACCUCAUUGUAGACCUGUAACUCCCUGUUUCUGGUUAUGUCAUGAAUUGCACUGGCUUGAAUUCAGCCAAAUACUGACUGUUCAGCUGAAAUAUUCCGACUGUUAUGAUGUCCACAAAACAUUAAUUAAAUGCACUUGUAUCUGA